AUGGACUCCUCGGAAUUAUAUCAUAUCAAACAACAGUUUAUCCUCGGUGCCUACAAAUCACUCGUCGAUUUGACCCUUCCGGACACAUCCUCCCCAGAUUACAUCCCCACACUUGUCUACAAGGCUCGGGCGUGUAUCGCAUUGAACACACCUGAAGCUGUUGCCGGGCUUGUCACUGAAGACACCGAGGACGUGACACUGAAGGCGGUAUCUGCGCUCGCACGUUAUGUCGGGGCAGCAGACGCGUCAGAGAAGGAUGCGUCUCUCGAGGAGCUCCGAGAUCUUUGUGUGGAACUCGAGGGCGAGGACGUCGACGCCGAUGAACGCGAAAAGAACCUGGUCCAUGUCUUAGCUGGCACAGCCUUCGCUCUCGCUAACGAGGUUGAAGAGGCUUUGGAGACCCUUGGAGUUGGGACGAAUACGGAGAGCGUUGAAGCAGUUGCACUCAUCGUCCAAAUUUACCUUUCCAUUAACCGCCCCGACCUCGCCCGCAAGGAGUUCGAGCGAGCUAGGCGGUGGGCGGAGGAUGACCUUCUCCUGCAGCUCAUCGAAGCAUCCAUCGGACUCAUCACAGGAAAGGACGGCUACGCGGACUGCAAUUCCUUCUACACCGAACAGCUUGGGAAUCCAUCGCUAUCAUCGCCACACCUCCUCACUGCCCGCGGUGUUACUCGUCUGUUACGAGGUGAAAUCACCGCCGCCAAGUCUGAUUUCGAGGAGGCGGUUUCGCAACAAGGCGGCACUGCGGAUGCUGAGACGUUAGCAGCAAUGACUGUCGCGGCAGGACUAGGGCCGUCGAAGGCCUCCGAGGCUGAUCAGCUUUGGAGUCAACUGUCUAGCGAAUACCCGCGUCACCCGCUGGUUGCGGACGUCGGCCGGAAGGCUCAGCUGUUUGAUGAGCUUUGUAUUAAGUUCGAUGUACCACCUCUGGCAGCAGCAGCAGCUUAA